GCGAAGCUGUUUCUGCCCACAAUAAAGAUGGCCGCGAGGAGGGCGGAAGCGCGGGCCUCCGAGGCCGAGGCCUCUCUUUCUACCCUGGCGUCCAGCGAGGUGCAGAAGGCCGUGAACACGGCCCGCGGGCUAUACCAGCGCUGGUGCGAGCUCCUGCAAGAGGACGCUGCGGUCGGACGCGAGGAGCUGGACUGGACGACCAAUGAACUGCGGAAUGGCCUGCGCAGCAUCGAGUGGGACCUCGAGGACCUGGAGGAGACCAUCGGCAUAGUGGAAGCCAACCCGGGAAAGUUCAAGCUCCCAGCCGGAGACCUGCAGGAGAGAAAGGUGUUCGUGGAGCGGAUGCGGGAGGCAGUCCAGGAUAUGAAGGACCAUAUGGUCAGCCCGGCAGCCAUAGCCUUUAUGGAGAGGAAUAAGAGAGAGAUGCUGACAGGCAAGCCAGCCGCCCCAAAGUCAUCCAGCGACCUGCUGGACGCCAGCAUGGCCGCAGCCACCUCUCGUUACAUUGAGGAGCAGCAGGCCACACAGCAGCUGAUCAUGGACCAACAGAAUCAACAGCUGGAAAUGGUGUCCGGGAGCAUCCGGGUUCUGAAGCACAUGUCUGGCCGUGUUGGGGAGGAGCUGGAUGAGCAGGGCGUCAUGCUGGAUGCCUUUGCUCACGAGAUGGACCACACCCAGUCCCGGAUGGACGGGGUCCUCAGGAAGAUGGCCAAAGUAUCCCACAUGACGAACGAUCGCCGACAGUGGUGUGCCAUCGUCGUGCUGCUGGGGGUGCUUCUUCUGGUUCUCAUCCUGCUCUUCUCCCUCUGACGUCGGCCCUCCCCAGGGCGCUGGUCCCUCUAGCUGUGGGAGCUGGCAGGGUCCUGCCCCCUGGGAGAAGGGGCUCCUUCCUGGAGAGCUGUCUCGAGGUUCUCAUCCGAGCCAGUGGGACCCUUGGGGCCCUGGGCCAGAGCCCCUGCCACUGGUCCUGUCUCAAGUGUGCUUAGGAGGUGGCAGAGGUAGGGGAACCUCAGACCCGCCCCUCCCCGUUUCUACUCUGGUGCCCCAAAGCCAUUUGCUCCUGUGCCUUCCGUGCGUGCCAACUUGGAAAUAAAAAUCCCAGCUUUU